AUGAGUAAUUCUCAUUCUAAAAUUUGCAAAAGUUGUCAUGAUCCAAUUAUAGAUGGCCAAGCCUACAAAUUAGGCACUGACCAGUGGCAUGUUUCAUGUUUUAAAUGUUCCAAAUGUUCCAAAGCCCUUGGCGUCAACUCCAAUUUUUUGGUUCUGGGAACAGGUGCAUUAGUUUGUUCAAGCUGUUCGUACACGUGUAAAUCGUGCCAAAAAAAGAUUUACGAUUUGGCCAUCUUAACCGGGGAUCUGGCGUAUUGUGCCGACUGCUUCAAAUGUAAAUCAUGUAACAAGCCAAUUGAUGAUCUCAAAUAUGCAAGAACAUCAAAAGGUUUGUUUUGUAUGCCCUGUCACAACAUGCUAAUGGAAAAGAAGAAGAAAUACGAAAAAAUGAAGAAGUUGAAAAAAGCCAGAGAGGAAACAUUAGCCAAUAAAAAGGAAAAAAGCAAAUUGAAUGACAUACCCAAGCUAGAGAAUAGCGGCAAGGAUGAUAUCACGCUAGAAGUUUCUAUGAAAGAUGCUGAUUCCAAGAACAUGAGGUCGAUUACUUUUGAUCCAACAAAGUCAGAAAAAAAGGAGGUAAAAACGCUCAAUCCACAACAAAUAAAGGCAUCUACUACUCAAUCUGAUGGUAACUUCUCGAAAAACGAUGAUAAGCUAAGUCUAUUAUCCAAACCUCCUACAUAUCAGACGGAAGCUAAUUCAUCCAUAUCAACUUUUGAUGUUGAUGACUAUGCGGAAAGUAAUAACGAUGCGAAGGACGAACUAGAAUCAUCCAUAUACAGCAAAACAAAUGACGCAAACUCUUCUAGAGACAGUGAUAUCAAAAACUCGUUGGCAGGAAGCCUAGAAAAGAUUGAUUCAAGUCCAAUUGAAAAAUUGAAUGUUGUCCUGGAUUAUCACAUCGCAUCACCUAACACAGAAAAGCUUCAGUCGACUGCCGUUUUCAAGGAUGUAACAGAACCUGUUAAUAUACCCACUUUGAAUCCAAACUCCCAAAAUGACGAUGGUUUUUCUUACUUGUACCAAGAACAUCAAGAGUCGGACAUUUCUAUUCCAAUGAGGUCUCCGAAAAGAUCAGCACUCUCCCCCGUUAGAAACACUACACAAUUCAGAACCCCAGAACUUGAUACCCCACAAAAGAAAAAGUCUACCCCGAAAGAAAUUUCUUCUCCUUCUAGCAUGAAUAGACAUGGUUUUGUAAUUGAAAGCGAUGAUCUUGAGCCCGAGCCUGAGAGUUUCAUCAAUUUGGAAGAGACUGAAGAAGAAAGUCUGAUGAGCACCACAGAAAGUAUUAGUACUGCAAAUCAGGUAGAAGCUGAUCUUACAGAUUCAAAACUUAUGAGUCCUAUGAAGUACAAGGUCAAGUCUCAGGAUCUACUGCAGGAGUCUACCGGAUUGAACAUCAGGGGCCUGGAAUCAAAGAAUGUUUCUGAAAUAAUCAGUGCCAAACCCAAAAAGGCAGUUGCUAAUCAUUCACCUCACGAAAGACUGAUAAAUACACCAGAGCAGCAGUCUCAAUCAAGCUUUGAAUCAAUUGAAAGAAACACCCCUACUUCUCGAAAAAAACAGAUUGGUGGUUUGGGACGUUCACUGACUAAAGUUUUUGGACGAGGAAGAAAGUACUCAAGUGAUGGUAGAGAACUACCUCCGCAAACUCCAGGGACACCAGAUACUUUGACGAGUUCUCGAACAUCUCCAAGGCUUAACAAUACCACCCCUAAAGCACACACGAGAACUCAAUCGGACCAUUCAUACGUUGCGUUCACCACGCCGCCAGUUCCUUUGACUAAGGCCAAUCAUACGAGAUCAAUAUCAGAAAGUACAACCUUUGAUACUGUUGAUCAAGUAUCAGGUGUUGAUAAGGAACUGCGUCUUCUGAAGUCGGAAAUAAACUCUUUAACAUUAUCAAAAGCCACCAUAAUAAGAGACAUUCAGAACCUGGCAAGCCAGAUGAAGUCGUUGGAAUUAGAUAUAGCAGACAGGCAGAAAACUUUGAGGGAUCUGGAUGUUUCUAUUCAGAAUAGAAGAAAAUUGUCUUCUGCCACAACAGAAGAAUUGUCCUCGAACAUUUCUUCUAGCUCAGGCAAAAACUCAUCAAGAGAAGAGCUUUCAGGUUAUAAAUUACCAUCGCAAGAAAACCUCUUACAGCCAGACAAUCAUCCUCUAUCAUUGCAACCUCUCCAACCAGGAACAGGAUCACCAGCAUCAACUCCUGGGUACAAUCCGUACCAUCAAUCUACUGCUCCUACACCACAAUCUAAAGAUAAACGUUCUGGAUUUAUGAGGAGAAUCUUUGGUGCACAUUCAGCAUUAAGUAGUGCAGGAACGGGAAGCCAAAGCACUGGGAUUUCUGCACCUAGUAGUUCAGCGAGCAGUAAAGUUAUGGGUGCUCCCAAUAUAAGCCAGCCAAUGAAUGUCAGGCAUAACGAGAACAGCAUGGAUGGAAUAGGUUUGAAUGAUUUGGCCAAGAAGAAUGAUAAUGGGUCUCAAGCUUCGGGAAUGAAACCAUCCAGGUCUACAAAUUUUAUGCAAUGGCGAACCAAUGGCAGCAAUGGAAGCAAUAAUGGUACCAACAACCCUAAUGCUAAUGGAGUGGUAUACGCCAACGGCGGCAAUAGCAGUAGUGAAUAUAGCGGUACGACUAUUCCACCGAAUAAAAUCAAUUUCAAAUCUCUGUACAGCAUGACAUUGCAGGAAUUGGCUGACCACGAGGGGGGAAGUGGUGUUCCGUUUGUGGUAAAGACAUGCAUAUCUGAAGUUGAACAAAGGGGAUCAAAAGUUGAAGGUAUAUAUCGGAUCAGUGCGUCGACAUCGACUGUAGAAAAGAUCGAACAAUUUUUUGAAACAAUGGACGUUAAUAACAAUGAUGAGAUAAUUAGAAUGCACACAUUGAUUGAUGGUGAUAUUCAUGCACUAGCUGGAUUACUCAAAAGAUAUUUGAAGAAAAUACCCGAUCCGAUUAUACCGCAAGAUCUUUACAAUGCAUACGUGAAUGUGUCUAGAAUUGAGAAGGAAGAAACCCGAGUCGGUAAACUUUCUGAUAUUAUAUCUGGUCUGCCAGCGGCAAACAGGAUUACCCUUUUGGCAUUAACAAAGCAUCUUGCAUUGAUAGCGGAAAAUGAGAAAUGGACCAAGAUGAACAGUGCCUCAUUGGCCACGGUAUUUGCGCCAACAUUAAUCAGGCACAACUCGCUACAUCCACAGCAAGAAAUUCAAGAUAACAGGGCUAAAACUUCAGUAACUGAAUUAUUAUUCAAGCAUUACGAUAAGAUAUUCGUUUCUUGA